AUGUGUAAAGUUGGUGGAAAAAAACAAGUCAAUAAUAUUUUGAAUAAAGAAGAAUCUGAAGAAUCUUCAACAAAGAAUUUAACUACCUCAAAAGUUAAAAAUAAAAAAAUAGACCAUUUUCUUGCUCAUAUACCAACCUUUUUAGAACAAGCUCAAUUUGAAGAUCAAAAUUUAAAUAUUACAAUAACAAAUGUGUUACCUAGCAGAAAACAGUUAGCUGGACAUAUUUUAAAGUCUGCAACUGAAACAAACAAAUCUUAUAUACAAGAUAAAGCACGUAAUGACUCACAUGGAAUUAUGAUUGCUUUUGACAGUUGGAAAAAUGUAAUAAAUCAAGAAAUCUUAGGCUUAGUACUAAUAAUGUCUAAUGAUAUAAUGGAAAUGACUGAAGAAAUAUUUAGAGAAAUUGAUGCAUUAGAAAUAAAAAUUAACAGGCUUGUAACAGACAGUGAUGCAGCUUAUGCUGCUUCGAG